GUUGAUAAGGCUGUCAGACCAAGGCCAGCACCGUCCCAGAGAUCGAGGCCAUUCCGUGUCACGAUGACUCGGGGAUGAGAACCCGGCGAUAAAAUUGUGCGGUUAACAUCCAAGGCUGUUUUGAAUCCGACUACCCCGCAUUUCCGCUGGUCGUGGAAUAACAAACCACUGUGUAGUGUAGAACGAUUCGCAAUUGAGGGCGGAAGUUUGUCGAGAUUGUCGUGAUGACCGAUCAAUGCUAAUGAGACUCUCCCCCCAUGGCCGCCACUGCUCUCUCAUGAGGGUAGUCUUCAAAUAUCAACAAUAUACUGGCUGUCAAGAUGCAAUAUCUGAUGCUGUUGGCGGGGACAAGACACUAGAAGCAACCGGCAAUCGUGGCACCCCUGCCAGCCGACAGGGGAGUGGUAACUGCCGCGGGCUCUGUACCAUAACCGUGCAACGGCCCGGCAAGCCCACACUACCACACGAUCGAGCUUGGCCGCAAAGAGGCAAGCUUCCAACGUUGAUAAUUGACCUUCCCGUCUGGAUAUCUCUCCGUUUAUUUACAAGAGAACGCUCCAGACCCCUUUCCCCCCCAUUUAAUUAUAGCAGCCACCUGCCACCUCCUGCCUUCUCUCCUGCGGCCUGCGCAUAUCAACCGAACGAACGCUCUGCAUCAGAUGCUCCGCUCCGGCAGCACGAACCACUGCGUACACAGGUACCUAGCUCCUAACACUAGCAUCGUCUCGGAUCCGGAGUGGCCUCCCCAUUGGGCAUGGAUAGCCAGGAACAAGCUCACGAUGUCAUCUCUCCUGAUCUCUUCUCGUGGCUUUGCGCAAUGCCAAACGUUUCCUUCACACUUCAUUUCGCCAUAGCACAAAUCUGACCAGCCGCCUCGCUUGUCCCACACUGUCCGGUGUUGCGUCCAGCUUGGGAAUACUACCCACAGGCUCAAAUCAUCCAGGCGAAUCCCGAUGCUGCGAGAUAUUGCCCUCUCUGCGGCCUGUAGAUUGCAAUGUCUACCCCAGAUUUUUUCCAUUUCUCUUGCGAAAAUGGCGGUUAUUCACUGACAUGACCACAGUCAGUCCCAGGAAUGGAUGGGAUGAUGCCCCAGGGAUACCCAGGACUGACAUCAGGAAUUGGAUGACUGUCUUCGGGAAAGCGGCAAGCUUUGGCCUUUUGGAUGCUCCAGACGAACUGAGAGUUCGCUCGAGUUCGUCCGACGACCGGUUUUUGCUUGGGCACUCGAGACGAAAACGGCUCUGCCAGGACGCUUGUUAUAGCUGCAGCCAGACACUGCCGGACCGUGAGGUUCCUUGGUUUGUCCGAUGAAGUGAUGAGGAACGGGUGAGAUCCAAAGUCCCAGCCAAUGGCCAUGGUCCACUCUGCACAUCCCUGCCGCACACAGUAGCUUGCCAAGCGCCUUGAUGCUCCCGCCAGCGCAAAUCCGCCCCGGAAGGCCCUGGGGUGGUGCCAGGGCAUGUCCCCCGUGAACAGCCGACCAAUGACAACAUGCGCCUACGUGCCCCCCAUAUUGAGUCCGAAACGGUGCCAGUCUGUCUUGUUCCUGGCCAGUCCGACAACCUUUGGAUUCUUGCGCGCUGUGAUUCCGGCUGUUGACCAAGAAGUGGCUGGACCUCUUGCUGCAGAAGCGCACCUCUGAUCCAGCUUGUCCCUUUUCAGCCGGAGGACUGGAACCUCACCUGCCAAUCACCCUUGCAACUAUCAAACAACCAACAUCACCUCUGUCUACAAACCUUGAACGCCACAUCCUAGGACGAUCCGAGAACCAAAGGAGUCGAUGACUCCGCUGGUCACCCUCGCCAGUCAAUGAAUAGUUGACGGUGCUGGCAAGCGGUUCAUCUAACUCUUAGACCCGGAACAGCGCCAGUCAUCGAGAUACAGAACCCGAAACCAUGGAUCUUCCACCAAACAAGACUGACGAGCUGGAGAGGAGGUUAUCGACGAGGAACUCGCUGAGGAUAUCAGUCAUUAGUGCGGAUGAGGACCCAGAGUUGGCCGCCAUGGGAAUGGUGGCAGAUGGGUUCAGACCAGUCAACUCCGGCCCCGAGAUCCAACCACCAUCGACGCCAUCACUCGCCUCCGGAUCCAGCACACUUCUUGGCGAUGGAAGUCCAGAGUCGGCACGAAUAGGUCGCUCUCCCAGCAUAUCGAAGCCACCCAGGCCAAGAGAUGCCUCGUCGACACGGCAAGAUGGGGGGCCAGAACAGGCUGACGAGUCCUCGAGUUUGAGCAGGCAAUUGAGCGGGUCUACCGAAUCCACAGCCUAUCUAGCACCCGAGAGCCCGUACAGGGGACCGUCUGGACCAUCGCAUCCCUACCAGAUGUAUCCGCAGAACGUAAGGAUGGCAAGGACAAUGAGCACAACGACGACCUCGUCGACGCUACCGGCGUCGGAAUUGUCGUACACUGGGCCUCGUGGACCAAGUCAUCCGUAUGGCCUCUAUCCUCAGAGCGACGGGGUCGAAACGGGCGCUAUGCCAGACACCGUUCCACUAGGUUUUCACGGUCUUCCCGAUCAGUACCGGCGACGAGUUGGCGCAGACGGGGAGGAAGCUGGCGACAUCAUCGGCCCAGACGGCCAUACCGAACAGCUUCCGCCAUACACGCGAUAUCCGGAUGAGGCAUAUGCUCGCAAGGUAGCGGCUGCCGAUGCCUCGACCCCAACUGGAGUAGCACAAACAACGACGAAUACGCCAAAUACAGCGGCAGCCGCGGUAACCGCACCACCAUCCAUCACAACGUCCGGUUCCACCAUUGUCGGUGCGGGAGGGCUUGGGUUAGCCACACGAAAUCCCGAAUUUGAUUCAACAGACGAUCUCGGGUCUCCCCAGUCCCGCCACUCGUCGCGAAGUUUCACCUCGGACAGCACCAAUCGGGUCAUUAAGCCGUAUGAAGAGGUUGUCAACGAAAAGGGGCAAUUGCCAAAGGGGUGGAAACUGUGGAUGAGGCGGAAGCUAUGUGGUAUCGUCCCAUAUUGGGUUAUAUGCCUGACGUUUCUGAUAUUAUUGGUGGUGGGAGCAAUUUUGGGCUCAGUUAUCGGCACAUUCUUGUCCAAACAAAAGCGGCCAAUGCGCAAGGAUGGCACAUGGUCACCAUUCAACUCGCCAGCCCCUGUACCAACGUUUGGUGCCGUUCCAAUACCAAAACCAACCGAUCUUCAGCCACUACCGGUGGGCACCUUCAGCAUGCCACUUACAACGAACCGCGUGUCCAAUACUUGCUUUCAAGACCCGACUCUCUCGCAAGCAUGGAACUGUUUUCUCGUCAUCGCCGGCUUGCAUCUAACAAUAGCUGAGAAUCACGGCGAACACAGCAUGAUGCUCAACUUUAACCAUUCGUUCACGUUGAUGAAUAACGUAUACUCGUAUGGUGAACAGCCACCACUGGUAGAAAAACCGGUUACUCUGAUACUGGUCAACGACACCUUUGAGCCAACACGGGGCCCGGCAUUCUACAACAUGCUGACCUACGACAAGACGGUCAUUCUCCCCGAAGCUGCCCUCUCACCGACGACUCCUUCUGUGACAAGAAGAAACAUUCGCAACCUGGCCGGCAUGACCGACUUUAAGCGCAAAAAUAUCGCCAAGGUCGGGGACAAGCCGUGGGUGUGCAGAUGGCCAGAUACGUACCUCGAGAUGUUCAUCUAUCCCCACCAAAACUCAAGCUGGUCUGGGAUCCCGCCACUGUCAGCAGGGGGCCCCGGCGGUGGCCCGGGAAGUCCAGGGCGAGGGCCAUAUCAGUCCUUUCUCACCUCGACAACAACAUCAACAUUGAUCGAAUCAUCUUCCGCCACACUACUGACACAGACAUCACCGCCAGGUGAAACCCCACCACCACAGACAUCGACACUACCAGCCCCCAUCGGUGGUGAGAAUCCCAACAACCAACCUCCUGCCCCUGAGGGAAACCAAUCACCACCACCACCACCACCAUCACCACCACCACCAAGCGAAGGCCCCCUCCCAACAAACACCAACAAACCAAAGGGUUACUGGCCUGAACCACGAGACUCGAAGACGCUUGAGUUCCCCCCUUUUCCCACAUCAACAGGGGGGUUCGGGUUAGGGUCAGGAUGGGGACCGAUAGAUGAGAAUUUUACGCCGCCACCACCGGGGUAUCCAAGAGUUAUCAAACUAGCAGAGAGGAGAGUUCCAACCAUAACCACAGGGACGACGGCGGCGAGAGUGCCGGAGUGCACCCAGAUGGAGAUUACGGGUUAUGCGCAAGAGGCGAAGGUGGUGGUGGAUGGGAAGGGGAAGGCGGUGACGAUUAGGAUUGUGGAGAAUGAGCAGACUGUUGUGGGGCCUUUUGGCGGCGCUGGCCGGCCGGGGGGGCAGAAGAGGAGGAGGAAGAGGGAGGGAGAGGAGCGAGCGGGGCGUGAGGGCGGCGGGACGGAGGAGGGGGCUUUUACUCAGCAGGGAGGAGGACCGCCGGCUGCGGAUAUGAGUCCUUGUGGGUGUAUGUGGUUUGUCACCUAAACAAGUCGGCUUUGGAUAUUUUUGGCGGACGGGGCACCCCCUAUCGUUUUCAUGAGGCAUUGUGGCCUAAUGGCGGUUUAUUAUUUCAACUGUCGUUUUUUUUUGUACUUUUGUAUCGGCAUCAAAAAACGGCAUUUUCUUUCCCACCAAGGUGGUUGGGUUGGUUUGGGUUGGGUUGAUGGCGUUUUAUAUCGGGGAAAUUCCGUGGUGGAUAUCUGGGA